GUGUAUGACACAAAUUCUGAAGAUUGUUGAUCAAUGACAUCACUUAUUAUUAUAAUUAGACCAAAGAAUUGCGAUAUGUUCUUUUCCGCUUAGAAUAUUUUUUAGUUUCAUGGAUGUCUACCAAAAGCUAACGGUUGUUUGGCAGUGUUCUCUGACGUUUGGGAUGGAGUCCGGACUAUUAUUACUCGUGCUUCUACCCGUGUUCUCCUCAACCGGAGAAUCUGCGACCUUGCCUGACCAAUAUACGAGAGGACUGGAUUGGUUGAGCAGGUACGGGUACCUCCCCCCUCCAGACCCGCGCACCAGUAAGCUGCAGACGAAGGAGGGGCUUGAGAGGGCGAUCCGUGUGAUGCAGAGGUUUGGAGGACUCAGGGAGACUGGACAGCUUGAUAGUGACACCCUCCGGCUGAUGUCGGUGCCCAGGUGCUCUCUGCCUGACAUUGUGGGGCGCGAGGACAUGCUGAGGAAGAGGAGGAAGAGGUAUGCCCUCUCUGGACUGAAGUGGGACAAGACCGACCUGACCUGGAGCAUCCACAGCUACCCCUCUCCCUCCGUCUCUCCCUCCCUCCCCCCUGACCUGGUGGAGAGCCUUCUGGUCCGGGCCUUCCAGGCCUGGAGCGCCGCAGCGCCGCUGAGCUUCCACCAGACCCCUGGGGGGGCCGGAGGGGGGCCGGGGGCCGGAGGGGACAUCAGGGUGUCGUUUGUUCGCUCGCUCCACGACGACGGCUACCCGUUCGACGGGAAGGGGGGCACUCUCGCCCACGCUUUCUUCCCCGGGAGGGACCAGGUCGCUGGGGACACGCACUUCGAUGACGACGAGGUGUGGAGCUACGGAGGACAUGAUGGCAGCACAGAUCUGUUCACCGUGGCGGUGCAUGAGUUCGGCCACGCCCUGGGGCUGUCCCACUCGUCCUCCAGCCCCUCCAUCAUGAGGCCGUACUACCAGGGGGCCGUGGGGGAUGUGACUUCAUACAGCCUGCCUAUGGACGACACCCUGGCUAUCCAGCAGCUCUACGGAAGGAGAGAGGACCGAGUCACAGCCAGGCCAGAGGGAGGCACCACCCCCCGUCUGCCCAGGCUCCCCCAGACCCCACACCCCCGCCCCACACUGCAUCCAGAUCCUGCGCUCCAGGAACGCUGUGGGGGGGGCUUCGAUGCCGUGGCCAACAUCCGGGGAGAAGUGUUCUUCUUUAAGGGCCCACACUUCUGGAGGUUGCAGAGGACCGGCUCCCUGGUGUCCCUGAGACCAGCCCUGAUCUCCAACUUCUGGCUGGGCCUUCCUCCUGGCACCGCCAACAUCGACGCGGUCUACGAAAGGAAGAGGGACAGCCGCAUCAUCUUCUUCAUUGGAGACCAGUACUGGGUGUUCCAGGACACGGAGUCUCAGCCCGGCUUCCCCCGGCCACUGGCUGACUGGGGCAUGAGAGGACAGGAUGGCCGCGGGCCGCGGCGCGUGGAGGCUGCCUUCGUGUGGGCCCACAACGGCAACACAUACCUGUUCAGCGGGGGCGAGUACUGGAGGUUCGACGAGACCCAGACGCAGGGGGACGCCCUGGGGAAGCCACAGCCUGGAUACCCCAAACCCACCACCCUCUGGAGAGGGGUACCAUCGCACCCUGAUGACAUCAUCACCUGGGAAGGAGGAAAUGCAUAUUUCUUCAAGGAUAACCUCUACUGGGUUCUGGAGAGAGGACAGAUGGAUCAAGACAAUGUCAUUUCAAAAUCCACUGCGGAAUUGCUCAUGUGUCCUGCGCCCGCCCCGACACAGCAGCCGUCCAAUCCUACGCAUCGAUCCUGCCAGUGUGAAAUUGGAGCUUCGGCAAAUUUCCGUGGCAGUUGGUUGAUGGUGCUGUCACUCACGUUCGUACUCUCUAGACUGUGACUCAGUCUCCUCCACUGGCAGUCUGUCCUGGCAGUUACAGUUGAAGGAAUGGUGCCAUUUGUGUUACAGAUUGGUCUAGAGAAAACUUAAAAUUAUUGUUAGUGAUUUUUAAUUUAUGAUUUUGCAUUUUAAAGCAUGCAAAGCUUUAAAAGUUUCCAAAACCUUUUUAAAUGAAAUUACAUACACAAAUAAAAUGUUCUAUGGGAGUCAGAUGGCUGAGUGGUUAGGGAAGCGGGUUAGUAAUCAGAAGGUUGCUAGUUCGAUUCCCGGCUAUGCCAACCAAAUGAUGUUGUGUCCUUGGGCAAGGCACUUCACCCUACUUGCCUCGGGGAGAAUGUCCCUGUACUUACUGUAAGUCGCUCUGGAUAAGAGCGUCUGCUAAAUGUAAAUGUUCUAAAAAUUCUCACACCAGCUCUGUCCCCCUUCACAAGCAAUGAGAUCAUCUUUCUCAGUCAUUAACGCCCCCCUCGUGGUGUUCCUCUCAUGCUCCACUCAGCCCCAGUCUCUCUGCUGCUGCUGGUAACAACAUUAGAGUCAUCUGAAGGCAACAACUAUCGCCUGGUUUCUCUCCCAUCAUUCCUGUCCAAAACAGAAAGAUUCCUGCCCCCCCUCUGGGGGGUGCUGUUGACUCCCAAACACUGACCUGGAUUAUGCAACAAUAGGAAACCAAAGCUAACAGCUCCAGUGUUUGGGGUCAGUUGUUUACAGAGCUGCCAACUCUCACGGUUUCGCCGUGUGACACACGCAUUUCAACAAUUUCUGGGGGGUGCUACCAAAUCUCACACCAAGGUUUUUGGAAAAGUUGGCAGCCCUGUGUUUAUGAUUUCGGAUUAGUUUCAGGAAAUUAUUUGAGAACCGUUAAUCAUCGUACAGGUUCUUUAGAUCCCCUAAAAUAACAAGUGUGCCUAUCACAUCCCAGACAGUGAACCUAUAGGAGGCAUUUGCAGUUCUAUAUAUUAAACUAGAGCGGGUACAAUUUCUGGGGAAAUUGUAGGGUGUGCUUGCUUGCGUCGGUUGCACAGGGGUAAUGACAUUUUUACAACUGAUAUUUCUGUAUAUUUUAUAUAAAAAUGCAUAGGGCCUACUUAUUAUUUAUAAAGAUGACAUAGAUUUAAAAGCAUCUUUUUUUUCUGCUCAUUUAGCCUACAACUCAAAAUACGAGUGAAGUGAAUGAAAUAUGAUAUCUUCUCAUUUCCCCUGCAAGAGGCAGCCUCAUAGCUGAAUCAAAACGAAUACAUUUGGCAGACCGGUGUAAAAAUUGACCUAAUCUCUAUGACUUAAACGUCCUUUAAGUUUUCCCUUCUCGUGAUAUUUUCAGGCAUUUAGCCUAGCUACUCAUAUUGCAUUCAUUCAUUAACCCCUUUGAAGAUUAUUCUACGACGUUACCGGCAGUAGAAGAUGGAAUCGCGAUUCAAACAGUACCAUCUGCUAACUGAAAAUAUGCCCCCAAAAACGUAA